GAAACUCAGACUAUUAGAAGUGUCACAGCUGAAUACUCAACCUUAAAUAACUGAGAUUUGGACGUUACUUGGACUUACCCAAAAUUGCGGACAUUUCUUGAGUUUACAGAAUUUAUCAGGUUUUGUUCACAAUGAACUUGGUGCUUCAAAAGGCUUUCCUUUGUUGUGUGCUUUCUACGCUUCUACCUUCUACAAGAGCCAACCCUCUAAAUAGAGAUGAUUUAAAAAGGCUUAGUGAUUGGCUUCAGGGUGAGGUGUGGAGAGAAGUUCGCAGUGCGUCACUUUUGCACGAGGAUGACUCAACGUCUCCGCCUCUUGAACAGAACAGUGAUACGGAGUCAUACGUACCACAGCACAGGAGUUUAAGGUCAAAGAGAACAGAACCAGCCUACUCGGUAAAAAGAAUCGAAAAGGCGGGCUGUAACCUUGCCACCUGCUCCGUGCACGAGCUCGCCCACCUGUUGCACAUAAUGCGGACCAAGAUGAACAACGCCCCCCCUGACAAGAUCGGCUCUAAGGGCUACGGUCGUCGACGAAGGCGGUCGCUCCCACCAACCCACCCAACUUUCGAUGAAGGCCGUCUAAAGCUGGCCUUGCUCCAAAACCUUAAAAGGCACAAAGGUGUUGAAACAACAACAACAAGUCCAAGCAACUGGAUCAUCCUUCUCUCUAUCAUGUGCUUGAUGAAUGGGCCAGAGAAGGAUUCAGGUCGCUUGGAGAGAAUGAGUGCUUGUGGGAUAAGGAGGACUCCCCAUCAGUUGGGAGAAAAUUUGAUGUUUUUUUUAAAAAAAAAGUCUUGUUUGGGUCUAAGGCAGUACGAGAGGACAUAGAUGUGUCCUCUGCUGGUGGAACGAGGGAACAACCAAGGACACGCCCACUGCCUACUCUACCUGCCAAACGAUGACAGAGGAGGACACAGAGAAUAUAUCAAGAGGGAAAGAGGACUAAGACUGUUUAAGUUAAUAAUCCUGGACCUCUUUUUGGAAGUAUUAAGUAUUGUUGUCCUCAAGAUGUGUUUUGGGACAUCUACAUACUUGAAGACUUAUAGCUGUAUCUAUACCUUGGGAGAUGUGCAAUAAUUUAAAUUCACAUGAUUAUGUAGUCUAUUAUUAAUGUAUAUUUAUGUAUAUUAUGAAAAAACUGUAUAUUACUAAAUAUGCAUAUAUUUAUACCUAUAUAAUGUACAUGUACUCUUUAGAUGAAACUAUUGUAUACGUAAAAAGGGCAUUGUACAGUUUUAAGUUUAUUUUGAAACGUCUAACCAAUGACUUAUAAUGCAAAUCAUUUUCCAGGAGUGAAUUCAUAAUGUUACAGCUGUUAAAUAACCACAGAGAGAGAGAGAGAGAGAGAGAGAGAGAGAGAGAGAGAGAGAGAGAGAGAGAGAGAGAGAGAGAGAGAGAGAGAGAGAGAGAGAGAGAGAGAGAGAGAGAGAGAGAGAGAAUGUAAAUGUGAAUAUAAUAUUGUAUUACCUGAAUGAGAAGUACAAUUGUGUUUGUUUGGGUGCCAUAUAGAGCUUUAAAAGCGGAAUAAACAUCUUUCAAUACAA